CGCACUGUCCGGGAUGUGAACGAGCGACGAGAUGGAGACCUGCAUCCGUCUUUACCCGCAUCUGAUGGAUCUUGGGAGUGAAGCCAAAAUGUGACCGUCACGGAGCGACAUUGUUUGGAUCUCUCAAGCCUUUCCAACACUUGUUUCUAUAGCAACAGAAAGAGCAGAGUAUCCAAAAAAGUCCCAUUCCCAGAAUGCAGUCCUCUCAGCCUUCAAAGCUGCGGCGUUUUGACGUCAGCAGACGGACCAAUAACUCAGCCGGACCAAAGUCUCACGGCCCUGGUUUUCAGAAAGAGGAUAAAAACAUGAACACAAUCACUGCGUCCUCCCCACGCCGGGCUACUAAAGGCCCCACUGCAGCCACCAGGACCAGGGUGGCAGUGCAGCCUCGAGCUCCAGUGAACCCCUCCAGGUUUGGGGCUCAGAGACAGGUCCCCACCAUCUCCAAAUCGACCAAACCCAAACCCAAGAUCACUCGAGCAUCUGCAGCAACCAAGAUUGCACCUGCAGCAGCUCCUCCUCCUCCUGCGAUUCCAUCUGUUCUCCCUCUUGACCCAAAUUGCAACGAGCCGAGCCUCCCGUGUCUGUGCUGCGAUGGGCGCUCCCCGCAGGACAACAACAGCAUGUUCAACCACAACCACAACAACAACAACACCAUCUCUAUGAGACAGCAGCUACAGCUUCCUCCUCCUCCGGCCCCUGUGCCUCAGAGGAAGGAUGGAAAAGGGGCCAAGGAGAAACCUCAACCUCCAUCACAGGCAAAGGCCCAGCUGGAGUCGGCUUCCCACCCUGCUGCCAGUCUGGAAAACGAAGAGAAGAGCAGAGAUGAAAGCGCUGAUCUGGACAACAAGAAAAAUGUGAAGGUAGAGGAAGAAGAUGAUGAAGAAGAGAGCAGUGGGGAUAUUGAUAUUGAUGAUGAUGAAGAGGAUGCUGACAAUGAUGAUGACGACGAUGAUGAUGAUGACACUCUGGUCCCCUCCUGCUGUGAUUGUCCCCCCUCCCUCCUGGAGUUCUCACUCUCCUCCUCUACCUCCUCAUCCUCCACUUCCAUCAGCUCCUGUUCUGAUCUGGAGUCUGACUGUGCAGAUCAAUCUGCGUCCAUCUGCUCUUCCCACGACCUAGAAAAUCUUUCUGUCGCUCUGUCCCCCAAAGACCACUCUCUUCCACAAGGCCUUGAAUCCAAGCCUCCAGCACGCUCACCUCCAUCUCUCCCUCUUAGCUGCAAUCCUUUCACCUUAAGGUCACGUUCCCCUGUGUCCCUGUGCUCCCCAGAUGAAGGCUACCCCUCUGCCCUGGACUCCCCAUCCCCUGAUUAUUUAGGAGUCAAAGGUGAUACUGAGGUCACUAAACUAGGUUUGCUUGACUUUCUAGAAUCAGUAGGGGAGUUUGGGAAGAUGGAGCGCUUCAGCCAGGUAAUCCAAGUGGCUCGUUGGGAUCUGGAGGGGGAACAGCAGUGGGAUGUUCUGAGGGAUCGGUUAGAUCACCUCGAUCGCUUGGAGAAAGUGAACAGAGAGGUAAAGCUGGCCUACAUCGCCAGACUCCAUGAGAAGGGAUUCGAUCUCGGGGACCUGGAAGAGCAGGAUCUCUCGGAUGUCAUGGAUGAAAUGGGCAACAUUGACAUUUCCUGGAAGUUGUAUAAAAGUCGUGGGGAGAUGAUGACGGAAUCUCAGGAGUUCUCAGAUGCAGGGGUCGACCUCACCGCUCCGUCAGAUUGCGAUGAUCCUCUCGUCCCAGAUUCUCUCACCCCCUCCCCUGUCGAGCCACCACCCAGGCCCCCCAAACCUCCUGCCCGUCACGCCAGUGUGAGCUCUUACCUCCACACCUACAUCAAUAUCAGCAGGGAGACCACCUCCAUGGCUGUCUCCACCUCUCCUACAUUGUCGACUUUCUCCCCUAACUCCUCCUCCCCCACAUUCACCACUUUUAGGUGCGAGAAACCCCUACCUCCAUCUCCACCGUGUGUUCCUCCUCUCCCUGCCUCUGCUCCCUCUAAACCGGUCCCUUAUCUCACCCUCUAUACUACUCCCUCACCUCCUAGGUCUCUUCCCACCCCAACUCCUCCCAUCCCUCCCCCUCGGAGACGCCACCUCGCCAGGAAAGAGGCAAAGCGGCUUGCUGCUCUUAAAGCUGAACAGGAAAAGACCCCCCUGUCACUCCCACCCCCCACUACACGGCCACCGCCUCUUCCUCCUCCACCUGUAAUCUCAAUCUCCUCUUCAUCUCCCCCUGCCAUACCACCUCCACCUGUCCUGCCUCCUCCCCCCUCCUUCCACGCACUGGAUGUAGAGAUUCGGAAGCUGUUGAUGCUUGCAGGAUUGACCCAAGCUGAACUCCUCAAACUCAGCCCGGAGCUUGGUGUCUGUGUAGGAGGGUUAGAGGAUGAGGAAGAGGGAGACACUCUUCCUUCAUCUAGGUCUGUGGAAUCAUAUGAGUUCAGACUAAAAGACAGGGAGGAGGAGAAGGACUGUGACAGCGAUUUCAUGGAUAGAGAUGGAGGCAGCAGAGGCAAGUUGGAAGGAGAUGGAAGAGUAGAUGUAGCUGGAGAAGGCGAGAAGACAGAGGACGGCAAAGACGCACAAAGAACCACCUCAUUCACAGAGAUGGCAAGAAGAAGAAAGAGGAACAGUGGUCUGACAUCUGAUCAUUACUACAGCACCGGUCUUAGCAAUACACAUGAAAGUAAAGCAACGAACAUGAGCUUUGAGACUUUCCAUUAUGCUGAAUUACCCAAUUCUCCUCCUCCUCCUCCUCCCCCUCGCCCCUUACCCCCAAUCCCUCCGUCUUUGCCGUCCCUCAAAGUCAGCACUCUCCCUGCCAACUCUGCUCAACCUGAGCGAUUUGAUUGGCUCAUAGCAUUCACACCUGAAUGUGAUGCCCCACCGCAACCUCCACCCCUGGCAAUGAGGAAAUCUCAUAAGGAAAUCCAAAAGAAACCUGCUCCUUCAGGGUCAUCUCCUGUGUCAGCUCCGAUCGUCACAACCUUCAAAGAGCUGCGUUUCCGUAACAAGAGCGCCUCCCCUCCGACAAGGGUGAUCAUUGACCCGGAGCCUGACCCCACAGUCAUCACGCCAGAUCCAGACAUACUCUACAACCUGAGGUGGAGGAGAGAGAAGGUGGACAGCGAUGGCCUCCCGUGGGAGUACACCUCUCAGGCUCAGGCCCUGUUCAUGCAGCCGCCACCAGCUCUCACCUCAAUGGCUGCUCUGAAGGAGAUGCUGCAGAGGGCCGAUGAGCAGGGUAGACAACCAGAGCUGUGCCCAUCACAGAAGAUUGGCUGCUCGGUCAGUGAAAACAGUCUGUGGACCAUGGGCAGAGAGUGGGAGGGCGAGGAAGUUCGAAGGGAGGAACAGGAAGGGAAGGAGGAAGAAAAAGAGGAGGAGGUGGAGGUGAGAGGACAAGCUGAUGGAGGAAGAACCUUGAAAUCAAGAACUACAGUUUCCUCCCCCCCACUCUCCUUAGCCCAGGCCUCCCAACCCUACUUCCUGCACACCACCCUCCCUUCCUAUCGCCCAGGCUUCUGUAACUCCCAGCCCCCUGCAGAUCCCCGGCCCCACCACCACGUAGGCAGGGAGUCCUCAGACAAACACUGCGGCACACAGUGGACCCCCGCUGUCAGCGCAGCUUGUGUCUACAAAGAUGAUUCCAGCACUGAUACGAGCUCUGUGUUUAACCACGACUCCCUGGCUGAUGUAGCUGUAGACUCUCCUCGGGAUUAUGGGAAUAUCUGUAAGAAAAACACACGCUCGGUGCAGCAGUCCAUCAGCGACUCCAAAACUAAUGACGGGGAGUUUGACUCUAUUUGUAAUUUUGACUCUCUCUACAGUAGUGACUCAGAAAAGAAGAAUUUCAUACACACUAAGUCAGAUUCACCUGUUAGUGGCGCCACUGAGGCCUCGGGCUGCACCACUCCGUAUAAGAACAUAGAUGUCAUGAUGACGUAUUCCAACGGCCUCAGUGCUGUGGAUUCUUCACACGCACGCCACAGCAGCGACAAGGCCAGGACCUCCAAAGAGCUCCCCCCUCUCCCCACCUAUUACCUGUACCACCCCAAGAACUGCCCUCUGCACAGGGGGGCUCCUCCCCGCCUCUCCCCUAUCGGAGCCCUGUCCCCUCCGCAGCGUCCCGGAGCGCCCCCUCUGGGCACUGCAGGCUCUUCCCUCAGCUCACCGCUUUUCCCCCGCUCGCGCACCUUGCCCGCCCUUGCUGCUCCCCUCUACUAUCCAAACCUCUACCCUCCUAUACCCCCCAAGGCGCCUCCCCUACCCCCCAAACUCUACCAGGCUCCUCUGCAGUCACGUGUGGCGACUGUUCGCAGUGUCUCAUUCGCCGGCUCUGUACAGAGGGCAGAGACGUCCUGGAUGGGCGAAGAUGUGAAGUUUCCGAUGAGAGGUCUUGGCCUGUCCUCUUUGUGCCUGCAGGAGAAGAAAGCUCUGGUCAGUGCGGUCAGUGUGGCAGUGGAAGCCAUUUUGGCCCAGUUCAGUUCCUCUCGGACUGUAGUUCAGAAGUCUCUCUCAGUUAACAAGGCCUUAUCAGGAGACAGCACUAUAAAUCCAUCUCUGGGCCGUCUGGUGCUGCAGUGCCUCUGCCACGCCCUGCACAACUUGCUGACCGAUGGCUUGAAACCCCAUCAGAGUGACCUGAUUGCCGGCAGGAGGCCAAACUCUGCAUGGGGUCUCGUCCAGGCUUCAACCAAGCCAGGCCCUAAAACACAAGCAUUGUUCAACCUUCAAGUUCGGGUUGGGGAGUUGCCGCAGCUCAGAAAGAGCAAACACAGGUUCAAUGCAUUCCUCCUCGGUCUACUGAAUAUCAAGUUUCUUGAUUUCUGGCUCUCUCACCUUCAGUCUUGCGGUGAUGUGUUGGAGACAUUCUACUGUCCCUCCUCCUUCAUGCGUCUGUCCCUCACCACCUGCCAGCCUCUGUUCGAGGAGCUGCUCCUGGUGUUGCAACCUCUCAGCCUGCUCACCUUCAACCUCGACCUGCUCUUCCAGCACCACCACUUAGAGCCAGACAGUCACAGCCCAGAGAUCCCUAGUCCGCCCUGUCAGGACGCAAGGUUCCAGAUCUCAACAAAGGGCUCCCAGUCCAAAAUCACAGGCAGCAGAUAUAUUGAAAGCCUCUCAGAAGUGGACUUUGGAAGCCCAGAACAUCAGGCACCUACAGACACAUUUUCACCACAGGCUCCAAAUCCAAAGAACGAAGGAUCACAUGUCAGUGCUGCACCCGUAAAAGCUUCGGCCACUCUCAUCCACACAAGUCCUCAGCUUCAGUGGGUGCAGGAGAAGGAGAUUGGAGCGUUACCUCCUGAUGUUGACGAGGACAGCAUCGCUCAGCAGGCAGGACAGGUGAUCCAGCAGGGGUGGGGUGCUGUAAUUCGCUGGGGAGGCCGACUGCAACAGAACCUGGCUGAGCUGAGUCUGUCUGCAGGGAAGAGGGAGGAAGUGAACACUGAUUUACCGGAACUCCAGACAAGCAGCGACUACACUCCAGUCAGCAGUGGUGCUCAGGUUCCCUGGGGUCUGGGUCGACUGUUUGGAGCCUCUAAAGGCCCCAGCAGCCCGACGGGUCACACGCCGCCAACCAGGCGUCCCUCUCAGUGGUUGGCUCCCGGUGUCACGGCACUGACUCGGAUUAUGAGCAGCCAUCCCGCUCAUGUAAAGACGGCCCCGGAGCCUCAGGGAGAAAGUGUGCCAGAGUCAGAGAAAGACGGCGAGUCACUGGAGAUGAAGGACAAACCCAGACCACUCAGGUCCGUCCGAACGCUGUGUGACCACUCUGGAGCAGGUUCGGAGCUCAGCUUCUGCAAAGGCGAGGAACUCCUGGUGUUGGGAGGCGUCGAUCAAGACUGGAUUCGCUGUCGUCAGGGAGACAAAGAGGGGCUCGUACCUAUCGGCUACACGUCCCUUAUCAUGUGACUUUGGCGCCAUAACAACUGCACUCAAUCAAUAAUGAAAAAAAACAAACAAAAAAGUAUAUAUUUGAGUAUUGAGAGGUUACGGUGAGGCUCCUCUACUCUGAAAGGGAUAUUUUACACUUUUGCUCGGUUAGAGUUUGAGUUGAGUGCAUAACACCAUCUGCUCUGCUUUGCGUUCAUCACGAGCAGACUGCAGCCCUCUCCCUUCAUGAACAUAAGGGACGUUUUUUUUUUGCCAUCACAAUCCAUCCAGUUUGGUAGCAACUAAUGGAUCUUAGCAGCAGGAUUGCAGCAGAUGGUGUGAAAUAAUGACUCAAGUCAAAUUUAGACCAUUUCACACAGGAAGAUCGUUGACGUUGGAGUGAAGUAUCCCUUUAAAUGCCCUUUUUUCCCAUAGUGUCUGCCUUCCUUGCCUUUAGCCACUGAUUUGAAAAUGAUCACAGGGGGAUAAUCUGCGCAAUCAACCAAUGGCGCGUUUUCAGAUCAGCGGCUGCUUGUUGUGAGGAGGCGGCGGUCGACAGCCUGAUGGCAGCCACGUAAUUAUCUCUAUUCGUCAGCAGCAUAGAGUCGUGGUCUGCGGGUUGUCGAGUGGAGGAAGCAUGUCAGAGUACUGGGCUGUAGCUCCUGUUGCAUACUGCGUAGUAAUGUUGUGAAUUGUAGCUGUGUACAUCUGUGCUCUAUUGACCUUUCACCCCUAUUGACCUCUCACCUUUAUCGCCUGGUUCAUGUGUGUUUGACAUGUUUCUGCUUCUAUAUUUGACUGUAAAAUAUACAUAAAAUAUAUAAAUAUAAAUAUAUAUAUAGGUAUAUAUAUUGAGAUUAUUACCAAGAUAGAUAGAAAGAUAGAUGAAGAUGAAGAAGCAGGUGGUGAAAGACGAGGACGUGGAUGAGUAAUAAUGGAAGGAUUAUUUCUUUGUCUUUACAUCUACAUCUUUUCUUAUACAUCAGGUGGUUGUCAUACAUGCAAAAAGAAAGGUGUGUGUGUUUGUUUUAAGUAUGAAAUCCAACAUCUUCCCUCUUUUGUGCUUUUAUCGUCUUGUCAUCAUAUUUAUCAAAUUAUUAGACAUAUAGUAUUAUUCAUACCUGUGUGCAUCGUAAUGUGCCAUUAAUGCUCUGAAUUAAUGCCAGAAAAUACCCAUAGAGCCAUAGACGAAUAUCUGACAACAGCAAUCUGUAGCUUUUCUCUCCACUCGUCCAAAACCUCACAGGCCGACGUGGGUCGAAGUGAAAGCCUCUCACAAAACUGAGCUCAGCUCUCGUUCAACACUAUCUAAACUUAACACUUAUGAGGGAAUCCAUUUAUAACGUAACCCGUACCUGCUACUGUAAAGUCUGUGGGUUUGGUGGCUGGUCUUCACCUCGUACCUCAGCUCUUUGUAUUUAGCGUAAUUCCUGCCAUGUUUGCUGAUCAUAAUCAUUGAUAUUAAUGAUAGUGGUAGUAGAAGUGGUGGAAGUGCUUUGUUGAUUCUGACGUUGAAAUAUGUUGCUUUGUGUCAUAUAUUUAUUAGUUAUUCUCUAGAUUCUGUAUUUAUGACUAUGCAUAUGGUUAAAUGUACAACAAAAACACCUUUUUCGUUUGUUUGUUUUUCGAAGUCAUAAUUUUAAUUUAAUGCUCUCAUGCAUUUAAAUUCUAAAGUAAUAGUUUAAAUAGUUAAAAGUUAAAAUAAGAGUCUACUCUAAAAAAGAAAAAAAUGUAGGACCUCAGUUAAUUCAGCAGGAAAGUUUCAAUGCAAUUAAUCAGGGAAAAAUUCAGUCCUUCAAAGUUUCCUCAUCUUUUUGUGUCACUGCCAUGUAGCAUGAGAUUAGUGUCACUACGGCAACAGUCCAGUAGCAUUAAAUUAAACCAGUGCUCAUAACUUGUAACUAAUCAUCACAAUCAAAUGCCAUCAAAUGGAUAUUACAUAGAUGUUUACAAGAAAAAAUGUCCAGAUAGAUAUAUAUAUAAAACAUCAUUUCACACAUUGACACAUGUUGUGUUAAUGCCUUUUUUUGGUUUGUGAAUAUUUGUUUCAAAAGUGAGAUUAUAUUCUAAAGGCAUUUAUUUUGAAAAUCAUUAAUUUAUUGGAUGUGCUAUUUAUUGAUUAUGAGGUUUUUGAACGGGAUAGCUCUCUAUCUGACCCAUCUAGUGUCUCUCUAUCUAUCUGGGUGCUGUAUGGGUGUAUGUGAGUGUGUACCUGGCAGCGUGUGAGGCAGUGAAAGCAGGGAUGAGUGUCUGCACAUCCUGCACUUUCACUUGUGUGUGUGUUUAAGUGUACUGUACCCCCCUCUCUCCCUCUUCUCCUCACCCUCCUCUCUUUCUCUCACUGGUGUCAUGUAGCCUGUAGACAUCCCCCAAGUAUCCUACUAUUGCAUUUAGUUGAGUGCCCCCCUAGUGUCAGUCACUGUCCACCUCCUGCAUGUGCUUGUUUGUAAAUACACCAAAUAAAAUGAUCAGUAUAAACUGAA